UGAGAAGGUGAGCGUUGACUGCUCAAAUUCGUUAAAAAUAUAAUUUAUCGCGUUUUUUUUUUUUAAAUUGAGGUUAUUAGAUUUAUUAAAUUUUUAGCAAUACAAAGAUUUACUUAAUAACACAAAAUUUAAUAUUAUUUUUUCUAUUUAAUUAUACUGUAUGUUAUUGUGCAAUAUUUGUUGAGUUAAAAAUAUUGCCCGCCAAAUUUACCACGUGAAAACAUGGAUGAUCUUACGAUCCGACUAAACCAUAGAAAAGAACAAGUAAUCAUACUCAACGAAGAUAAUAUGUUAUUAGACGAUAAAAUGAUUUACACAUCACCACCGAAAAUAUAUCCAUUUGCUAUGGUCCUUAGGCUUCGUGUACUUCAGAUAGUUUGUGGCAUUACCGGGUUAGUUAUGGGUAUGGUUGCCACUAUAGAAGAAAAAGGAAAAAUGAACUUGGGCUUAGCAAUUCCGGCUGGAAUUCUGACAGUUAUUGCUGCAGCCGGAAGCAUUUACAUGAGCCAUGGUUUUAGCGGCUACCGACCCCAACAGCUGUGUGACCCACGACUGCAACCGUUCCGGUUUCUGGGACCAACCAUCCGGUCCGCGGUGACGCUCACAGUGCUGUGGAUCGCCGCAUGUCUAUUGCAUGCCUGUCUGCUGUACUUCUCAGCGCGGUCGCUGUUCCGAAACGGACAGAUCGCCGUGCUGGCUACCAUAAUCAUUUUGCUCACGUUGCUCACGUUGCUUUCCACUGCUGCGCUGGUGCACAUUGAUUGCAAGUAUGAUCCCGAUUGACCCAGUCCGGAGGUCCAGGCGCCUACGGCUUCGGUCAGCGUAAUCGGGCCCAGCCAUUUGUCCUCGGACAGAGCCACUAAAGUGGCAUGGGUUAUAUAAUGCCAUACACCAACACCAAAGUAUAUUGGCUGCGAUAAAUGCCACGUGACAAACACUGUGUUUAUCACAACAUAAUGUAAUUUAUGUAUUUAAUUUUUAAUUGUAUACAUUUAUAUGAACAUUGUAUAAACAUUUUCAACUAAAUAACACUUUUUAAUUAUCGUAAAAAAUAAAUUACGACUACGACAUUUAUUUUUCUCCACAAUGACCAAAUCUCGGACGACCUCCCUACAGGAAAAUCGUACUUUUACAUCAAAUAAACGAAUAUGAUGAUCUCACAUUAUAUUAUUGAUACCAUUUUAUGUAAAUUGAAUAAAAUACACUGUUGUCCUGUUAUCAAACUAUGAUAGCUCAUAAUAUUAUAGUUUCCAAUACUACACUUUUUAACAAA